AUGUUACGUCUAGUCUAUGAGACAAGGCUGAGGAGCCAGGUGAUUGAAGUGUGGCCUGCAGUGACAUCCAUCCCCUUCUCCCUAUUGGUCUUCUAUACCAUGAGCUCUGGCUCCGCCCAGGAUGUGGCGGUGGAGCAUUUCUUGCGUGACAUAGAGAGGCGGGGCAAGCGGCUACAUUGUGCUGUGAUCGGUUGCGAGGAGCAACGUCCCCGUGGCGACAUGAACCUGCUGUAUCGUAAGAGCCGGCUGGACUGGAGGCACAAGGACCAGGAAGGCAAUAAGAAGAGCUCCAGCCAGAAGGACCCCUCCUCAGCCACGGUGGGCAAGGUCCGUGACUUGGCAUCCUUCCGGCGCCACUUCCGCAUGGGCUUCAUGACCAUGCCUGCCUCCCAGGACCUGUCCCCUCACUCCUGUGCCUCCGCCAUGGCUCCCCGCUCCCAGUCCUGCCACGCCGUGGGCGCUGGAGACACAGGUCUGGAGAAUGGGGAAGAUUACUCUGACACCCAGUCACAYCACGGCGGGCGCUGCCCCCCUGCUAAACCCAAACGCCAUCCCAGCACCCGUCUCAGCUCCUCCUCGGACCCCAGAGCACCUCACGCCCCACCGGACGCCCCUCCGCCACCCCCGCCCACUCACCCGCAGGCCAAACACUCAGAGAAGAAGAACGCCAUGAAGAAGUCUGACUCAGGGGACAUGUCCAAAAAGGUGCCGCCUUUGAAGCCCAAACGAAGCCCCAGUACUCAGCUCUCGUUUGAGCCCCCAACUCCCUGUGUGCCCCCUCUUGCCACACCCAUCCAGGGGGGUGAGGGUCAGCCUCAGGGGGACGAUGAGCCCGUCUACAUAGAGAUGGUGGGCCAAGUGUUCACCAGGGAGAGCCAGACUGCCACCCCUCACCCUGUCACGCCCGUAGCCACCACGCCUGAUUCAGACUCAGACCAGAGCGAGGCCAUCUAUGAGGAGAUGAAGUACCCACUGCCAGAGGACAGAGAGGGACACAAACGCCUCCCUCUCAAACACGAGAGACUCAAAUCCUCCAAACACCACCACUCCUCCUCUGGCACGUCCGCCCAUCUACCUCGCCCCUCCUCCUCCCCCUCCUGCUCCAAACCUAAAGCCACAGUGUCCAUCUCCCACUCCUCGCCCCUCCCCUCCUCCACCUCCACCACCCCUGUCCCCCAGCCACUCUCCUCCAGCCCGCAACCCCCACGGGCCCCUACCCCCUAUCUCCUCCAGGGGAACAAAUCAGAGACAGAGUCCAACAGUAAGAUCCCAGCCCCCUUCCCCAACCUGCUGCAGCACCGGCCUCCGCUGCUCGCCUUCCCCCAGCCAGCUGCUGCCUCCAGCGGGGUCGGGGUCCAACACAAAGCUGUUGCUGCCAAACUGGGAACCAUCAGCAUCCAGACCUCCUCCAGUAUGACAACGCCAUCCAGCACCUCCUCUGCCUCUACCACCCCCUCUUCCAAUCUCCCCAUGCUCCUGUCAGGCUGUAAGGAGUCUAGGGAAAGAGACAAGCAGAGCAGAGACAAAGACAAAGACAAAGACAGAGACAGAGACAGAGACAGAGACAGAGACAGAGACAGAGACAGAGACAGCCAGCUCGGCCCUGCACCAGGGCUAAGGGCCAGGAGCCACUCCACACCGCUGCCCCCUUCCUCCAAGUCCACCUCCCCUUACUCCCACCAGCACCACCACCCCCACCACCGGCCCUCACACUACCACCACUACCGCAAACCAGAAAGAGGAGACUCGCCCAACCCCAACACCAACAACAAGAAUGGCUCAGAAACCUCCUCCAAGUCCACUGCCCAGACCCAGACCCAGGGCUCUGGCAAGGAGGGCAAGUCUGUGAGCUUCUGCUUGAAGUCAGACAAAGGAGACAGGGACAGGGACAGAGAGAGGGAAAGAGACGGUCACAGGGACAAUCACAGAGACAGAGACAGGGACAAUGACAGAGAGAGACACAGGGAGAGAGACAGAGAGCGAGACCGUGACAGAGACAGAGAAACAGGGUCCCACUCUACCUCCUCUCAGGCUGAGAGCACUCCCACCACCAACAGCCAUUCAUCCCAGACCAGCACCAGUUCAAACCCAACCCAGUCCUCCUCCUCCACCUCCUCCCACUCUCGCCCUCACUCUCGCUCCCAACUCCACCGCUACCACACCCCCCACGGCCUACCCGCCUACAAGCCCCCCUCCUCAGACAGCCCCCUGCUCUGGACCUACCCCUCGGUGGGCUUCCGGAGACCCCCGGCGUACGACAGCCUGCGAGGAGGGUCUCAUCUGCCCUCCUUACACCUCCAGGGUCACGGUGAUGUGUCCUCCAAAAGCAGCACGGUGCCUGGGCCCGUCCAGGGGAAGGCUGGGUUCAUGCCCUGGGACAACAGUGGCUUUGGAGAUGACGGAUCUUACUUGCCCAUGCAGAGGAAACUGUCCUUCAGCCAAGGCAGCAGAGAGACAGAGAGAGAGAAGGAUGAAGGGCGGGCGUGGAAUGGCAGUGCCGAUGCCCUCCUGAGGAUAGACAAGGAGGACCUGGGCCCUGGACGUCGAGGAGGAGGAGGCCACUCUGGGAUCCCAGUACGCUUCACUGGAGGGAGGGGGCUGGGCCACAGUGAGUCCCUGGCCGGGAUGGAGGGGGGGUCCUUGGGGUUCCGAGCCCUGCCUAGAGGGGGUCUCCCCCUCCCCUGCCAAACCUUUCCAGCCUGCCGCAAUGGAGAACUGGGUCGAUUGAGCCGCUCAUCAUCCACCUCUGGGGUGAGACAGGUGGGUGGAAGCGACGUUCAGCGGCAGAGCAGCCUGCCCCAUCGAGAGGUACUGAAUCAGUUGCAUGGGCUGUCCCAAUCCUCCCAAACGCCCUGCAGUCCUAUCCUGUCCAGACAGCAGCAGCAGCUCCAGCUCCACCAGCAGCAGCUGCAGUUACAGCAACAGCUCCAGCAGCUGCAGCAGCAGCACCACCUCCAGCUGCAGUUCCAACACCUGGCCCAGCUGGCCCAGGGACAGCCUCCCACCACCGGGGGCGCUGCCACGUCCGCAGCCCAAACCCAGAGGGAUGGCAAGCUGCUGGAGGUCAUUGAGAGGAAGCGCUGCCUAUGCAAAGAGAUCAAGGCCCACCGCCGCCCAGAUAAUAACCUAUGUAAGCAGGACAGCAUGCCCAUCCUGCCCAGCUGGAGACGGACCCCUGAGCCCCGGAAGACAGGCACGCCCCCCUGUCAGAGGCCCCAGGCCGUGGUGUGGGACACAGCCAUCUGA